UUUUCAAAAUUAUUGCGGGUUAUAUACGCUCGAAAAACAUACUAGGGUCUUAGUACAGUGUAGAAUUUAAUUUUAGAAGGUUCACUUAACGCAGUAUAUUUAACAGAGUCUAUUUUUAAACGAUCGGCGCGAAAAAGUGUUAAACGCAAGACUGACAAAAGAGAAUACCUAUUCGAUGUAUUUAAUUGAAAUAGAUUCGUUGGACUUUCUUUUGUAUUAGUUCUUGUAUUUGGAAUUGGUGAUACUGAAAAUUUGGUGAUAUUUAUUGGAUUAUUUAUGCUACAGAAAAAUAAAAAGACUGAAAAAUGGAACAAUUUGAACAAUUGUUAACUUGCGCUAUAUGCUUAGAUCGAUAUAGGAACCCGAAGCUUCUACCAUGUCAGCACAGCUUUUGCAUGGAACCUUGCUUAGAAGGUUUAGUUGAUUAUGUACGGAGACAGGUAAAAUGUCCAGAAUGCCGAGCAGAACACAGAAUCCCUUACAAUGGCGUUCAAGGAUUCCCCACAAAUGUCACCUUACAGCGAUUUUUGGAACUCCAUAUCGAAAUUACAGGGGAAUUACCCGAUCCUACCAGCGGGCAAAUUAUGGAGAGGUGCAAUGUUUGUUCAGAAAAAGCUUAUUGCAGUUUUUGUUCCCAUUGCGAUAAAAAAAUCUGCGAAGAAUGCAAAGGUGCACACAUGGAAAUCCUACGAAGAGAAAUAUCAAGAAUCAAUAACCAAAUCAGACGCGGAAUUCAUAGACUACAGGACACGUUAUCAUUGGUAGAAAAAAAUACACAAAACAUUCAAACCAACUGCUCGUCAGUAGGCGAAGAAGUAGAAGAAAUAUAUAGAAGACUCAAUAAAGCAUUAAAAGAUAGAACCGAAUAUCUGCGCGGAGAACUAGAUAAAUAUCUGAGUACAGAAUUAAGAAGUUUAACUAAUCUAAAGGAAAAUCUAGAACAAGAAAUAUCUAAUAUUUUAAGUAACUGCGACUUAGCUGAUAAACAUAUGAACGAAAAUGUAGAUAUCUGGGAUGACUGCGAACUUAUGGACGCAAAAGAAAUAUUUUUGAAAACCGUAGAAUUCAUCCGUAACUUUGAAUACGAAAAUUCUGACUACAGCCGAAAAGUACGUCUAGUAUUAGGCCAUGAUCCCAAUCAACUCGUCCUUCAUGUAGCUGGCUUUGGAGAUUUAAACAUAACAAACGCUAACUCCGUUUUCGGACAGUCUUCAAGUUUAUUACAACCACCAGUUCCAGGUCUGAUGAGGUCUAAAAGUGAUCACCGACUUGCUUCACAAUUUCGGCAACAAGAAGAAAGAGGCUAUGGUGAAAGAGGUUAUGGAGAUGAGGAUCAAGUCUUAUCAGGCCGGAAAUUUGGCGAAAGGCCCAAAAGUACUGGAGAAAGUAGAUACGGUAGAGGAGGCGAUUAUGGAGAUGAUUAUGAUCAUGAUUCUAGACCAACUAGGUCUAAGUAUAGCAGUAGAUUUAGAAGACAUCCAACUACUGAAAAUGAUUCCGAUUCAGAACAAACUCCAAGGGUUAGAUUCAAUGAACACAAAGAAAGAGAAAGAACUCUUGAUACAGAAGAUGUCGCUAAAGGACCAUUGAGUGGUAUAACUAGAUUAGCUGACUCCCCUAGAGUUAUGAAAAAGAUGCAAGAGUGUGAAAGCGGAAAGACUAAAAAGAAGGAAGAUCCUCCAAAACCCCCAGAACCUAAAGUAGUGCCUAAAAGACCUCCUCCUCCGGCAGUGAGACAAGUCAGCGAGGAGGACGAGAUAUCUAGAAUAAAAAAACAAAAUAAAGGGGCCACCACCUCAACGGAGACAACAGCAGAAAUGCGGCCUGCUGCUGAGGAUAGGCAGAGAAAGACUCCAGUCCCUGAGGCUGUAUCUUCCGCUGAAGAAUCUGAAGAAUCUACAACCGUUCAACAAAGAAAAACACCUACGAAAACUGCUGCCGCUACCCGAAGACCUUCAGAUGCCACCCACAAGAAGUCACCACGAUCUGCCAGCUCUGAUUCAUCAUCAACGGAAUCAUCUACGUCUUCUAAUCCGAUACGUACCACUGGCGCUCCAUUUACCACAGAAGAAGUCAAGAAGAAAAUCUUAUCCAAAGUUGAACCUACGCCGCCAGUUCGAAAGGCCCCUUCUCCGGUGCAAAACAAACCAUUUCAGAGCAGAUUUUUGCAGAACAAAACAUCAACUGCAGCACCUCAGGAAGACGAUGAAGUAGAAACUUCUUCCGAAGAGGAAACAGAAACGGAGGAAGAAAGUGACGAAGAGACAGAAAAAACUGACACUAAAGAGAUAGCUAAAUCUGAUAUAGGGGCCUUAUUGGCAAGAAGUGCUAAUGCUAGAGACAACAGCGUUGAAAAUAUAAGAAGACGUAGUAGAGACGAUACUGAUUCACCUAGCCGAACUAGAUAUACCUCAUCUAGGGAGAGAGAAAAGGAAGAGCCUCCUAAAUAUACAAGAACUAGGAAUACUACAGUAACAGAAGAAGAACCUCCCAAAUAUGGGUAUACUAGUAGAUUUUUAAAUAAAAGCAAAAGUUCUGCGGCAAUACCACCUGAAGAAGAAGACCAUAGCUCAAGGUAUAGUUCCGCUGCAGACGAUGACAGCAAGUAUCCCACUAGUCGUUCCCGCUAUAUGGCUAUGAAAGAAAGAAGACAGCGGUUAGCAAGAAGCAGAAGCAGUCAACAAUUUGGCGACGAAGAUGAAUCGGAAGAAGCAAUUUCUCCUACUUCAUCUAACCCGUCUGCUUAUCUGGCAUCGAGAGGAUAUGGCUCGUCAUCAUCAGCUCAUGAUCUUGCAAGAAGCCGUUCUUCUCACGCUCUUAAGUCCAGAGAUAACUCUCCUGAUAGGUCAGCUUCUUCAGCAACCGAAAAAGAUGGCGCAGCUCUAAGUUCCUGGGCAAGAUAUCUAAAGAGCAAAUACGGUAAUCGAAGCGGUACCAAAGACAAAGAUGUUACAUCCAGCGUCAGUACCCCAUCAGCUAGCAGUUCUGGAGCCGCUAGAAGAUUGUCCCUUGGACUACCUUUGAGAUCUUCUACUGAAUUGGCUAGUUCUGAUGAUGAUUCAAAAAACAUGCAAGGCUCCCCCACUACCCCUACAGCAGCUAUGGCAGUAGCCGGUAUCGCCCAAGCGGUAGCCGGUACCACCCCUAGAGGUCAGUACCUCCAAAAAUGCGAGCAGCUGUUUCAAAUUGGUAGUAGGGGGAGCGAAGCCGGAUGCUUCACGUGGCCGCGCGGCGUAGCCGUCGGUCCUGACAACACCAUCGUCGUUGCCGAUUCCUCCAACCACAGAGUACAAGUUUUCGAUGCCAAUGGCAGAUUUUUAAAAGAAUUCGGACAGUACGGCAACAAGGAGGGAGAAUUUGAUUGUCUCGCUGGUGUUGCAGUUAAUAGAAUUGGGCAAUAUAUCAUUGCCGAUAGAUACAAUCAUAGGAUACAAGUGUUUGAUCCCUCUGGACGAUUCUUAAGGGCGUUUGGAAGUCAAGGAACUGCGGAUGGCCGAUUUAAUUAUCCAUGGGGCAUUACCACAGACGCUUUAGGUUUCAUCUACGUUUGCGACAAGGAAAACCAUAGAGUUCAGGUAUUCCAAUCAGAUGGCACUUUCGUCGGCAAAUUUGGUUCCAUGGGUAACAAAGAAGGUCAACUAGAACAUCCUCACUAUAUAGCGGUAUCUAGUACUAACAGAGUGGUAGUGUCAGAUUCAAAUAACCACAGAAUACAAAUAUUCGACGUAAACGGCAAGGUUUUAACUUCAUUCGGGUCCGAAGGGUCAGAAGAAGGUCAAUUCAAAUUCCCAAGAGGUGUGGCAGUGGAUGAUCAAGGAUAUAUCUGUGUGGCAGAUUCAGGAAACAAUAGAAUCCAAAUAUUCAGCCCUGAUGGUACGUUCUUAAGAGCUUUUGGUUGCUGGGGAAUUGGAAAAGGCGAAUUCAAGGGCUUAGAAGGUGUCGCUAUGACAUCGAAUGGACAUAUCCUGGUUUGUGAUCGAGAAAAUCAUAGGAUACAAGUUUUUUAAAAACGAGUUUUAUUUUUGACUUAUUCAUUACAUAUAACU